AUGUCUAAAAAUGAGAAUAUCUUGGCCGAGCUUGGGUCACGAUUGUCAUCGGGUGCAUCAAUUGUACUUCCCAACAAUACAGAAUUCGCCAACCUUACAUCCAGAUGGCGAGAGUAUGAUGCUCCUAGCAUCAAUGUUGUAGUUGAAGUUGCCAAUGAAUCCGACGUCCAACAAACCGUCCUUUACGCCGCUAAGCACGGUAUCCCUUUUUUUGCCAGGUCUGGAGGUCAUGGUGCAACCGGAGCACUUAUCCAGGCAAGAAACGCUAUUCAGAUUGACUUUCGCUCUUUGAAUCAUAUCGCACUUUCUGAGGAUGGCCAAAUUGCCACGAUUGGCGGCGGUGCCAACGUUGCUGAUACCGUCAACAAAUUUGCUAGUUUGGGGAAACGAACAGUCACUGGAAUAUGUGAGUGUGUCGGAUUCUCUGCUCCAGCUCUUGGUGGCGGGCACGGCUGGCUUCAGGGCCAGUAUGGACUCAUGGCCGAUCAAGUAACCUCAGCACGCCUUGUCCUUUCGAAUGGUGAGGCGGUCACUGUGUCGGAAAAAUCCAAUAAAGACCUCUUCUGGGCCAUCAGGGGAGCAGGACAUAACUUUGGCCUCGUAACUGAGUGGGAAUAUCAUGUUUAUGAUGACAAUCCCUCAUGGUCCUACGAGACCUUCGUCUAUACAGGAGACAAGCUUGAGGCUCUCUACAACCUGGCAAACAAGACUAUGCGAGAUCAGCCACCGGAGCUUGUUCAUUGGGGUUACAUCAUUAAAGUAGCAGAGAUUGAUCCCUGACCAUGUCAGUACCACUCUUGCGUUCCCUUUCUGUGCGAACUCAAAAAGGCUAGUUAUUUUAUAGCCCGUCCUCUGGUUUGGAAUUAUCUAUAAUGGCUCACCAGAAAAAGCCUCCUAGUACGCCAAACCGUACCAUGACAUUGGACCACUGAGUGUACAGACUGGGCAAGGAACACUGCAUGAUCUUGCUGUUCUAACCUUCCAAGUAAGUUCAACAAUUUGGUCGAACAUGGCCGUUUUGGGAAUCAGAACGAGUAUUGAAAAUGUCAAGUCAAUUCUAACACCUUGGCAUCAGGACAAAAAUGGCCCAGGUUGCGCUUACGGGUUGACCUCCCGUCAUUAUCCGAUCGUUUUACAAACAUACAAUGUGACUGCCGUCAGAGAAGUGUACAAUGAGAUUGACUCCACAUUCAAUAAGGUCCCCGAGGUUGCCGACUACUUUUUCCUUCUUAAGGGUUACUCAACCCAGGCAGUGAAAGCUAUCGAUCCAGACAGUACAGCUUUCCCGCACCGGGACGACAAUAUUUUGGUCACGUCUUACAUUCAGUACAAGCCCAACUCGACCAUAGAUCCCCUCGCGCAGGAAUUUGGUGAAAAGAUACGAAAAUAUUUGCUUGUUGGGAGCGAGGAUCCAGAAUACCUCCGAGCUUACGUCAACUAUGCUGAUGGUACCGAGUCUUUGCACGAGUUUUAUGGCUGGGAGGCAUGGAGAAUAGAGAAGUUGAAGAAGUUGAAGGCUCAAUGGGAUCCUCAGAACAAGAUGCGGUAUUAUGUCCCAAUUGAAUAG